UAAAUAAACGAAUUUACGUGUUACUGUAAUUUCAUCGUCUUCUACGCAAUCAAGCCCUCUUCCUCUCUUGCCUUCAUGCUCUUUGUAUUCUUCCCCGCUCUGAUUAACGUCUUCUCUCGCCGUAUUAGCCUUCCCUCUGCUGGUUUCAACCCCUAAAUUUCUUAACUUUCAGGGGGGGUUUUGCCCAAAUUUCAUUACUGGGAGUACUUCACCUAUUUCGGUCGGUACUGCGUCAUUCCUAACUUCUUCCAUGAGUGUUGCUUAGUUCCAGGUUUCUGGGUCAUGGACUGGCUGUUUAUGCCUACUUUCAGUGUCUGCGAACAAUGUUUAUCAGGCCAAGGGGUCCUAGUGUUUUUAACAUAUUCAAAUGGAAGCGUCAAGACGGAUCAUCUUUGACAACAGGUUUGCUUCAGGAUGUUCCACCAGAGAUUGAGUUGUCUGACUAUGGAAGGAUUCCAAGUCCAGGUAGUGAGAGCCCUUCAGGGCUUCUUAAUGGCGAGAGUUUGAACAUAGAGCCGAUUUCUGACUUGGACCUCUUCUUUGAAAGGCUUUACAGCUACUACUGUGAGAAAGGGCUCUGGUGCAUUAUUAUAAAGUGGAUUGUUGAACUUCUCAGUCUAGGAUUUACCAUAUGUUUCUCGGGAUUUUUCUUAUUAUAUGUUGAUUGGAAUGGACUUCGCAAUGCGAAGUGUGGGAUGGAUGCAGUGGAAUCAGGAAUUAAGCCUUGUGAUCUUGGUAAAGAAGCUAUUUCAUCACCCUUUAACCCACUAACACUUACAAAGGUUAUUAUUGUUGGAUAUUUAGCAAUAUUUUCCAUCUAUUGGAUAUUCUGUUUCUUGAGGUUCUUUGCUCAACUAAAGGACAUUCUGGAAAUCCGUCACUUUUAUUACAAUAGUCUCCGUGUUACGGACAAUGAGAUCCAAACUAUGCCCUGGGCUACUAUUCUUGAAAAGGUUGUUUUGGUGCAAAGUUCUAGGCAGCUGUGUGUGGUAAAAGAUCUCUGUGCUCAUGAAAUGGUGAUGAGACUGAUGCGGAAAGAAAACUACUUGAUUGGAAUGAUCAACAGGGGAGUGCUUGCUUUUCCCAUUUCUCAGUGGGUCCCAGGUGCUGGUCCUAUGGUGAAAUGUGGUCCUAAUGGAGCACGAUAUCGUCUCAUACUAACCAAGACCCUUGAAUGGACUAAACUAAACUGGUGCAUCCUGCAAAGCAUGUUUGAUCGAAACUUUUGUGUUAGAAGGGAUUUUGUGUCCAACCCAAAGACAUUGAAGAAAAGGCUAAUGGUAGUUGGGCUUGCAAUGCUUUUACUUUCUCCAUUUCUUGUCAUAUUCAUGCUGGUGUAUCUCUUUCUGAGGCAUGCUGAACUUUAUAAUCAUCCAAGCACAGCAUCAUCUCGAAGGUGGUCAAAUUUGUCAAGGUGGAUCUUUAGGGAAUUCAAUGAG